AUGCGCCACUGCUAUGGUUUCCGCGAUCCUGGUCUGGAGAGUGGCCACAAGCGCAUGCGCAUGGUGGCCAAGAAGCAGAAAUGGGUCACGGAGCCUGAUGUCGAUCCACUGACGUCUGUCGACAUCUACGCGAAGCAGACUGCGGUGGCCCACUACUAUGCCCGAGGAUUCCAGAAGGAGGUAGAGCGCCAAACAGGGAAGCUGAUCAACCUCGACUUUGUUCCUUGCUACGCGUACCGGCCCAUUGCGGCCGAGGAUGAAGACUUGGAAGGAUUCUGUGGGGAGCAAUUUGUCAGCGGGGAGUUCGUCAAGCUCACCUCCAAUGCUGGCUUCGUCAACCGCGAGGAGUACGGGGGCCACGCUGUGUUCGGAUCUGCUUUCUCCCACUACACUUUCCACUAUAGCAGCGGAGCACUCUUGGUCGCCGACAUCCAGGGAGUCUGCAGUGGCCACCGGGACGAUGGGCGCAAAGGGAGGAAGGCUCCAAACAGAGAAGAUGAGAACCGCUCCUGGGUGCUGAGCGACCCGCAGGUCUUGACGGAUGGCGUUUCGUACCAGUUCGGUCGCGGAGAUCUUGGCCUCAAAGGCAUGUCGAUGUUCUUCAAGUCGCACAAGUGCUCCUGGCUAUGCAAAAUGCUUGGUUUGAAGGACAUCACCAACAUCAAGAGGCCGACCGCCCAGCUCUACUUCCCAGGUCGUCACCUUCUGUCACAGCAAAAGUGA